AAAAGGGGACCGAGCACCCCCCCCAUUCUCAUCGAUGGGGCUGCAGUGGAGCAGGUUGAGAGCUUCAAGUUAUUUGGUGUCCAAAUCACCAACAAACUAACAUGGUCCAAGCACACCAAGGCAGUCGUGAAGAGGGCACGACAAAACCUAUUCCCAUUCGGGAGACUGAAAAGAUUUGGCAUGGGUCCUUAGAUUCUCAAAAGGUUCUACAGCUGCACCAUCGAGAGCAUCCUGACUGGUUUAAUCACUGCCUGGUAUGGCAACUGCUCUGCCUCUAACCACAAGGCACUACAGAGGGUAGUGCGAAUGGCCCAGUACAUCACUGAGGCCAAGCUUCCUGCCAACCAGGACCUCUAUACCCGGCGGUGUCAGUGGAAGGCCCUAAAAAUUGUAAAAUACUCCAGCCACCCUAGUCAUAGACUGUUCUCUCUGCUACCACACAGCAAGGCUUCUAAACAGCUUCUAACCCCAAGUCGUAAGACUCCUGAACAUCUAAUUAAAUGGUUACCCAGACUAUUUGCAUUGUCCCCCCUCCCCUUCCCCCUCUUUACACCACUGCUACUCUCUGUUGUUAUCAUCUAUGCUUAGUCACUUUAAUAACUCUACCUACUUGUAUAUACUACCUCAACUAACCGGUUUCCCCGCACAUUGACUUUGUAUCAGUACCCCCCGGUAUAUAGUCUCGCUAUUGUUAUUGUACUGCUGCUCUUAAAUUAUUUGUUACAUUUAUCUCUGAUUCUUAUCCUUAUUUUUUGAAACUGCAUUGUUGGUUAGGGGCUCGUAAGUAAGCAUCUCACUGUAAGGUCUACACCUGUUGUAUUCGGCACAUGUGACUAAUACGAUUUGAUUUUAUUCGUUUUUUUGGCCAACUGAAGUGGGUCCAGGGUGACCGGUAAGGUGGAGGUGAUAUGAUCCUUGACUAUUCUCUAAAAGCACUUCAUGAUGACAGAAGUGAGUGCUACAAGACGGUAGUCAUUUAUUUCAGUUAUUUUUUCCUUCUUGGGUACAGGAACAAUGGUAGCUAUCUUGAGGCAUGUGGGGACAACAGACUGGGAUAGGGAGCGAUUGAAUAUGUACGUAAACACACCAGCCAGAUGGUCUGCGCAUGCUCUAAGGACGCGGCUCGGGAUGCCGUCUGGGCCAGCAGCCUUGCAAGGGUUGACACGUUUAAAUUUUUUACUCACGUCAGGCACGGAGAAGGACAGAGGGGGGCUCAGUCCUUGUUAGAGGGCCGCAAUGGUGGCACUGUAUUAUCAUCAAAGCAGGCGAAGAAGGUGUUAAGUUUGUCUGGAAGCGUGACUUCGGUGUCCGUGACGUGGCUGGUUUUCUUUUUGUAGUCGGUGAUUUCCUGUAGACCCUGCCACAUACGUCUCAUGUCUGAGCCAUUGAAUUGCGACUCCACCUUGUCCAUGUACCGGCAUUUUGCUUGUUUGAUUGCCUUGCGAAGGGAAUAACUACACUAUUUAUAUUCAGUCAUAUUCCCAGACCUCUUUCCAUGGUUAAAUGCAGUGGAUCACGCUUUCAGUUUUCAUCGAAUACCGCCAUCCAUCCACGGUUUCUGGUUAGGGUAGGUUUUAAUAGUCACAUACUCUGUGCUUCCCAGCAAACAGUCCAGUCUGAGAUUCAGCAGGUGAAAGGCAUCGUGGGACAGACUUUCUCUUUUCCAGAGAGGGUGAUCAAGACUGGCAAUUUACUUUAUGGAGACCUUGGCAGUAUUGCAAAUGUAUACCCUGGUAAAGAAGGCAAAAUCACCCUUGAGAAGAGAUUUGAAAACCGCCUCCACUUGAACAAUGUUACAAGAUACUUCACUCUAUCAGACCUUCAGAUUGACGAUGCUGGGAAUUAUACUCUGGAGAUAACAGAUGAAGGGAAAAAAACUAAAACAUUUGAGCUCACUGUAUACAAUGUUGUUUCCAAACCUCAGGUGACAGAGUGUGACAGCAGCUCCUGUAGUGUGGUGUGUUCUGUGGACAACAAAAAAGAGGGGACCUUGACCUUGUACAGAGGAGAGGAAAUACUAAACCAGACCAGCAGUCCUAACCUCACCACCGAUCUCUCUCUCCGUUUGGAGGUAGAGGGAAAGAACUACAACUCCACCUACAGCUGUGUGGCUGCCAACCCUGUCAGCAAUGAGACAGUUCAUGUCCCAAAAUGUUGCAGCGAAGAUGGUCAUGCUAAUGAUGCAGACAGCGAUGGGAUGACUCUGGGUAUGCUUAUUAUUGCUGUAAUCUGCGUUUUGGUUGCCUCAGGGCUGGUUGGACUUGCAAUCUAUCUUAAGAAGAGGGGAAAUGAACACUCACAAGGCAGAUUCAUCCGAAAGAAUGCAAGUUGACAUUGAGUAUACAGAGAUAACUCCUAAAAAACGAACAGAUAAUCAGGAGGAGCGAACAGAUAUACCAGAAUUGGAGUCGCGUAGAGACAGCCCUACCCUGACAUCAGUCUAUGAUACACUCCUGUUACAUCGCAUGGCUGCCAGCGGGGAUGUUGACACAGCAUGAAAGAGCAAAACGGGAAGUCAAUAGGAUAACUCACAUCAUGUAGGGGACAGUAUAUCAUAAAGACGACGUUGAAACAAAAUGAAAGUAAAAAUAUAUUCAGCCAGAAAACCUUUUAGAGGCACAGUUGUUAUGGGAGAAAAAUCCCCCGGAACUGUUGCGCUGAUAUAAAUUCAGGGUUUCUUUGUAGGUCAUUCUCACAGACAUUCUGUCAAAUAGGAGACUCGAUGACAUCCACUGAUAAGGACCAAUUCAAUAACUAUGCAUUGAGUUAGUAGCAGGAUCAGUAUAAUCCUUAUUUUCAAGUGCCUUUUUUCCCAAAUCCCAAUGUAUAAGUUAAAACAAAUGUAACAUAUAUUUUAAUGCAAUUCACUAGUGUGUUUGCAAUGCUACCACUGUGCCAAAGUCACUCCCUCCUGCAGACUCUGUACACUCUCCUUCUAUCAGAGAAUGUUGUGCUCCACCUACAUUAGUGCAGCCUUUGUAUAUAUCUGUGCCAGCACAGGUUACUUUGACCCGAAAAUACAAAAUCUGUCAAUACCAUAGUGAGUUGUUGCAUUGUUAUACUACUCUAUUUCAGAGUAGUUACUGAGUGUUACGAUAAUCCUCCUCCUCUUCAUCAGAAGAGGAGGAGCAGGGAUUGAACCAAGGUGCAGCGCGUUGAAAUGACAUGAUGAAUUUAUUUAACAAGACAAAACGGACUAUACUUGAAAAUGAUACAAAAUAACAAAACGAAAGUAGACAGACCUGAACGACGAACUUACAUACAACGUGAAGAACGAAAUGAACAGGAACAGACUACAUGAAAUGAACAAACCGUAAACAGUCCCGUAUGGUGCAAACAUUGACACAGACACAGGAGACAACCACCCACAACAAACAGUGAGAAUGCCCUACCUAAAUAUGACUCUUAAUCAGAGGCAAACGCAAACCACCUGCCUCUAAUCAAGAGCCAUACCAGGCAAACCAAAACCAACAUAGAAACAGAUAACAUAGAAUGCCCACCCAACCUCACGUCCUGACCAACUAACACACAAAAACUAACAUAAAUAGGUCAGGAACGUGACAGUACCCCCCCCACAAGGUGCGAACUCCGGACGCACCAGCACAAAGUCUAGGGGAGGGUCUGGGUGGGCAUCUAACCACGGUGGUGGCUCAGGCUCCGGGCGCGGUUCCCACCCCACCAUAAUCCAUCCUAACUUCCUCCCACAAAGAAUGUCCACCCUCUUUCUUCCCCCACACAAUUCUCUUAAUAAUAUAUUAAAUAAGGAUAACACCAGGACAGAGAGAUAAAUCAAGAUAGAGGGAUAGAUAAGACUAUAGAGAUAGAUGAAGAUAGAGAGGGAGAUUAGGAUAGAGGGGCAACUCCGGACUGAAAGGCAGCUCCGGACAGAGAGACAGCUCUGGACUGAUGGGCAGUUCUGGGUAUCCAGCCUUUUCAGGCUGAAGGGCAGCUCAUGGCUGACUGACGACUCUCGAUGCUCAUGGCUGGCUGACGGCUCUCGACGCUCAUGGCAGGCUGACGGCUCUCGACGCUCAUGGCAGGCUGACGGCUCU